UCCGUCCGCCGAAAAACAGCCGAGGGUGGAGCCGCAGGCCGAGAACCUCUGACAGGACCUCUUUGGUCGGAAGUGGGCAGUGAGCUAGAGCAAGGGCAGGCUCACAGGAUGGCCAAGAUGGAAGCCAGGGGCGGCCUGUGGCUGGAGAGCCCUCCUGGGGGAGCAGCCCCCAUCUUCCUGCCCACGGACGGGCAAGCCCUGGUCCUGGGCCGGGGACCCCUGACCGGGGUUACCGAUCGGAAGUGCUCCAGAAACCAAGUGGAGCUGGUCGCAGACCCUGAGACUCGGACGGUGGCUGUGAAACAGCUGGGGAUUAACCCUUCAACUGCCGGGACCCAGGAAAUGAAGCCCGGGUCCGAGUGUUCUCUGGGAGUGGGGGACACACUGUAUUUGGUCAACGGCCUCUACCCGCUGACCCUGCGCUGGCAAGAGACCCCCACGCCAGAACCCCAGCCAGGAACCCCACCCAGCACCCCUCCGGUGGGCCCAAAUGAGGAAGAAGAUACUGAACAACAGAAAAAACGGAUGCGGAAGUCAUCCCCUGGCUGGGAGAGCUUCGAGAAGCUGCUCGUGUUCACCGCACCUGGGGUGAAGCCCCAGGGCAAGGUGGCCGGCUUUGAUCUGGAUGGGACCCUCAUCACCACAAACUCUGGGAAGGUCUUUCCCACCAGCCCCAGUGACUGGAGGAUCUUGUACCUAGAGAUCCCACGUAAGCUCCGGGAGCUGGACGCGGAGGGCUACAAGCUGGUCAUCUUCACCAACCAGAUGGGCAUUGGGCGCGGGAAGCUGUCUGCAGAGGAGUUCAAGGCCAAGGUGGAGGCUGUGGUGGAAAAGCUGGGAGUCCCCUUUCAGGUGCUGGUCGCCACGCACGCAGGCUUGUACCGGAAGCCAGUGACCGGCAUGUGGGACCACCUGCGGGAGCAGGCCAACGAGGGUGUGCCCAUCUCCAUUGGGGACAGUAUCUUCGUGGGAGACGCCGCUGGACGCCCCGCCAACUGGGCUCCCGGGCGGAAAAAGAAAGACUUCUCCUGCGCUGACCGCCUGUUCGCCCUGAACCUGGGCCUGCCCUUCGCCACUCCAGAGGAGUUCUUCCUGAAGUGGCCGGCGGCCAGCUUCGAGCUGCCAGCCUUCGACCCGAGGACAGUCUCCUCCUCAGGACCACUGUGGCUGCCCGAGUCCAGCUCCCUCCUGAGCUCUGAUCCAGAGGUGGUUGUCGCCGUGGGAUUUCCUGGGGCUGGGAAGUCCACCUUCCUCCAGAAGCACCUUGUGUCUGCCGGAUACAUCCACGUGAACAGGGACACGCUGGGCUCGUGGCAGCGCUGUGUGACGGCGUGCGAGGCAGCUCUAAAGCAAAGGAAGCGGGUUGUGAUUGACAACACAAACCCGGACGUCGCGAGCCGGGCCAGGUACAUCAAGUGUGCCCAAGACGCAGGUGUCCCCUGCCGCUGCUUCCUCUUCAGUGCCACCCUGGAGCAGGCGCGUCAUAACAACCGGUUCCGGGAGAUGACAGAUUCCUCUCACGUGCCUGUGUCUGACGUGGUCAUGUUCGGCUACAGGAAGCAGUUCCAGGCCCCAACGCUGGCCGAAGGCUUCACUGAGAUCCUGGAGAUCCCGUUCCGACUGCACAUGGAGCCUCAGCUGGAGCGGCUGUACCGCCAGUUCUCUGAGGGCUGAGCCCAUGCCCCCCCCCCCCC